AUGAACCUAAUGAGGAAGAUGUCAUUUCCAGUGCAGAGGGAUAAAAAUCCUUUGGAGCAAGAAGAUAUCAAUGCUUCUGCAGUACCAUGGGCAGAUACUUCACGAGGAUUUCUGGCAGGUGAUCAUCAAAGGAUUGACGAUGAAGAAUCGCAUACUAGUAUAGAAUUGUCGGAGCCAAAUAUAGUACCUGUGAAGGUACCAAUUCAAGUAACGCCUCCGAAGAUUUUGCCUAAAGUACACCAUGUACCGAAGCUACCUGCUAUGACUUAA